AUGGCAGAUUUUCUUCAGGAAAAUGAUUUAGUGACGUUGAGAAAUAGGUUUAAAAAAGAUGCCGAACUUCUGUUACAUUCCAUUUCAGAGGAAGGCAUCGAUGAGAAGAGUAAGUACAAUAAGGAUGUUAAGCCUCUCCCCCGUAUCAACCGCCAUUCCGUCUUCUGGAUCCUGGCGUCCGUGGGGCUGACAUACUACGUGGACUUCUUUGUUGAGAUCAUGGAAAACGAAGAUAUUAAGAGUUGGUGGUUCAACGUUGGUUUGGUGUUGCUGGGAGUGUGUUUGUCUCUGGCAGCGUUUUGUAUAGUGUAUCUGGAGUGGUACAGAGGUAUUAAACACUACGAGCAGGAAUAUCCUGCUAUUCCCCCAGUAACCACAGCAGCUUUCAUCGCUGCUUCCUGCAGUUUUAACAUUGCUCUCUGGCCCGUCUGGUCCUUCUUCACGCCCGUCAUCCUCUUCACUCAGUUCAUGGGCGUAGUCAUGCUCAUAUCUCUCAUUGGCUGAACAAAGGAAAGAGUCUUGUUGAAGAUCUACAGUCUCUUCCAGAGGAUAGUUUGUACACACUGAAGCCUCUUACACGUGUAAAAUACAUACAGACAUAAACCAAAAUUUUUCUACUUCAAGUGCUUGCCAUUGACACAGUU